AUGUCCACUGUUUCCGGUCUCCGGCGUAUGAUUCGCCGCUUUGUUGAACACAAGAUUGACGUCCAAGACUUAGUAAGAAUCCUGGAGACUACGAAGCCCUCGCCGCUCGCAGUGACCUCGUUGAGUCUGCCAGACAUCCAGAAGAUCCAUGAUCUCACCAUGGUUGGGGAUGAUGAGUUCGACUUUGUUGCGCCUGUCCCCGUCCCGCAAGAUCUCAAACUCUGGUUGGAAAAGUCGGACCGCGCUCAUGGCGCCAGCCGCGCAAACGAAGCCAGUAUCCGCUGCAAGCUCAGCCUCCUCCUUGUCUGCGCUCACGAUCUUGUAUCGUCGUCUUCAAACAAAUCCGCGAGACCCUUAAACAUUCAGCUGGAACGUACAUGGGCGUAUAGCCCUGUGAAAUGGAAGGGGAAGACAUGGAUGCUGUCGGGGCGUCCCGACUAUGGCAUUUGGUAUGGAGAGGAGGAAGACAUCGACUUAAACGUUGUUAUCAUGGAGGCCAAGAGACCGAACAGUGGUUCUGAAGGGGUUCCGCAGGCGCUGGCAUAUAUGGGGUGCGUCCAUAAGCAGCGCAAAGAUCUUGGCAAGACAGACACCACCGUCUACGGCAUCUCCACCGAUGCCAUGAACUUUACGUUCAUGAAGCUCGACAAUGAGUCUCAGUGGUCGUUCAAACUAGUCGGCGUCAUUGGAAAUGAGUUCGAACAAGUGCUUGGUCUGCUAGUCUACCUGAUGAAGAAAGCGACCUUAAUGUCACCCGCCGCCUCCAAACGCACGUCUCGCCGGACACAACAAGGACCAGGGGAGUCUGACCUGAUCUUCGACCAUGACCCUGAGAUGGAUGUUGAGAUGGAUGUUGAAUGA